AUGAUUCUGCUAAGUUUGAACUGUCGAGACUUGGGCAAGGCUCGUACAGUUCAUAUUCUCAGAGACUUAGUAAAGUCUCAAAAGCCCGAUCUUUUAUUUUUGUCUGAAACAUUAGUCGAACGAAAUAAAAUUGAAGUUUUAGCUUCAACUCUAGGGUUUGCUAAUUUUUUCUCAGUAGAUAGACAAGGCAGAGGGGGUGGGCUAGCAGUUUUCUGGAAGCAUAACAUUAUUGGGGCUGUGGUUGAUUCAUCUUUCAAUCACAUCGAUAUUGUUAUUAAGGAGAGACAUAAUACAUCCUGGAGGUUAACGUGCUUUUACGGUUUUCCUGAACGUGAGAGACGUCAAGCUUCUUGGGAUUUUAUAAGGUCCUUGUCAUUUUAUUUUGCUUUACCUUGGUGCAUUUUUGGUGACUUAAAUGAUCUUCUCUAUAGUUCUGAUAGGAAGGGCAAGCACCCUCAUCCGCAGAACUUGUUGAAUGGUUUUCGGAAUGUUAUAGAGGAUUGUGCUCUCUCAGAGAUCGAGUUGCAAGGGGGAGGAUUUACAUGGGAAAAGAGCAAGGGCACAACAGACUGGGUGAGAGAAAGAUUAGAUAGAGCUUUUGCUUCAGCUGCUUUGUGGCAGAUGUUCCCAUUGUGCAUGCUUUCAGUUUCCCAUGUGGUAGUAUCGGAUCAUGAUCCCAUUAAGCUCGACUUGAUGAAUACUUCAUUCUCUAAAAAGCAAUUUCGUAUCUUCUUUCAUGGCAAAAUGGGAACGGACGUUUUUCAUAAGUUCAGGGAGAAAGUUCUGAAGCAAAAAGGAGUCAUUGAUGCUCUUAAUAAUAGAGAAGAUGAUGAUGGUAUUCAGAUGUACUUUGAAGAAAGAGAGAGGCUAAACGAGCUUCUGCUGCAUGAGGAGACUUAUUGGAAACAGCGAGCAAAAACAUUCUGGCUUCAAGAAGGGAACACUAAUUCAAGAUUUUUUCAUGCUUCAGCUUCUAGUAGAAAUAAAAUGAAUCACAUUGCAGCGUUGAAGGCUGAUGAUGGCUCUUUGGUGUCAAAUCAUGAUGAUUUAUGUAGGCUUCUUAAGAGUUAUUAUGUCAAUGUCUUUUCUGCAUCAGACUGCAUCAACAGACAUACUCAGGUUCCGAUCCAAGCAAGCAUUUCUACGGAGCAAAAUAAUAUGCUCACAGCUAGCCUGACCUUUCAAGAAUUCACAAAUGCAGUAAGGAGCAUGCAUCCAGAUAAGUGGCUAAUUGAUGGCUCGUUCUCUGCGGGUGUAAAUGAUACAACACUGGUUCUGAUUCCUAAGAAGGAGAAUGUAGAAGAGGUUAAAGAUUUGCGGCCAAUAGCUCUAUGCAACGUCUUAUAUAAAAUUCUUGCGAAGUCUGCUUUCGUACCGGGACUGAAUAUCACGGAUAAUGUUUUAGCUGCAUUUGAGUUGCUUCACUAUAUGAAGCGAAAUAAUGGAGGCAAGGAAGGAGAGGUCACCCUCAAACUUGAUAUCAGUAAAGCAUACGACAGAGUGAGCUGGGAAUAUUUACAAGAACGGAUGAUCACAAUGGAGUUUUCUGAGAAAUGGGUGAAGUGGGUAAUGCUCUGUAUAACCACGGUCUCGUAUUCUAUAUCUUUUCAAGGCUCCACGAUAGGCCCCAUCACCCCAAAGAGAGGCCUCCGUCAAGGAGACCCGUUGUCGCCUUAUUUGUUCUUACUCUGUGUGGAGGGGUUGUCAUUAUCGCUGAAGACUGCUUCUUUGGAAGGGCGUGUCAAGGGCUGCAAAAUUAGUAGCUCAGCUCCAACAAUUACUCAUCUGUUAUUUGCAGAUGAUAGUUUCCUUUUCUUCAAAGCAUCGGCAGAGGAGGCAAACUCAGUUAAAGCAGUGCUGAAUGAUUAUGAAGUAUUUUCUGGCCAGGCUGUGAAUCACCAGAAGUCUGCAGUUUUCUUCAGCUCAAACGUUAGAAGGGAUAAACAAACGGAAAUCAAGCAAAUUCUAGGAGUCUUUAGUGAUAUUGGUAAUAGCAAAUAUUUGGGCUUGCCGUCUCUUGUUGGGAGGUCUAAAAAGACUGUUUUUAAAUAUCUGAAAGAGAAGGUUUUUCAACGUAUCCAAGGUUGGAAUACAAAACUACUUUCUCGAGCAGGAAAGGCAGUAAUGAUAAGGAAUGUCGCUCAAACAAUUCCUUCAUACACCAUGUCUUGUUUUCUAAUUCCUAAGACCUUAUGUCAGGAAAUCGAAAGGAUGAUGAAUGAUUUUUGGUGGCGCUCUAGCUCCAAUAACAACAAAAGGAUCCACUGGCUGGCUUGGAACAGAAUGAGCAUGUCAAAAAAGAAAGGAGGUUUGGGUUUCAGAGAUCUUCAUGGUUUCAAUCUGGCUCUGUUAGGGAAACAAUGUUGGAAUCUCAUUUCUAAACCAGAGGCUUUAGUUUCGAGAGUUCUUAAAGCACGAUAUUUUCCUCAUUGUCACUUUCUGGAAGCAAAGAGGAUAGGUGGGUCGAGUUACACAUGGGUAAAAUCUUCCCAUAACCCAGACCAUGUGAUACCUCACAAGAUUAAAAUUUUUCUCUGGAGGUUUUGCCGCAAUAAUGUACCAAUCCGAAAUCUUUUCAUGAUCAAGGGGAUAAGAGUACCAAUUGGGCGUGAUAUGUGUGUGGGUGAUGUAGAGCACCUCCUUCAUCUAUUCUUUGACUGCGAUUUUGCAAAAAGUUGUUGGCAACAGGUGAGCAUUAGUUACGAUAUGGAGAUGGUGGAAAAUGCUCCUGAUUGGCUGCUAGAAAGGUUGAGCAUGGAGCCAGAUGGUAAGCUAGUGCAGAUUGCUGCAGUUUUAUGGGGUGUCUGGUUUGCUCGAAAUAAGAAAAUUUUUGAAGGUAAGUCGAUGACACCUGCAGCUGUAAUGGCGUGGAGCAAAAAACAAAUUGAAGAUUGGAGCGUUGCAAAUGAAAGGAAUAAAAGUUUGGAAGAGAAUCAAAGAUUGGAUGUCGAUAAGUACCCUCACAAGUGGCAACCUCCACCAACGGAUGUGCUCAAAGUCAAUGUGGAUGCAUCAGUUAAGCCAGGGGAUGAUUGUUUCUCAAUAGGAAUGGUUCUCAGGGACCAUCGAGGCCAGUAUUUGGAUGGUAAAGUUAUGAGGUUUGCUGGGUGUAUAUCAGUUUUAGAGACUGAAGAAGUUGGGAUUUUAGAAGCUCUUUUAUGGACAAAGAGCUCUCUAGCUCAAACCAUUAUUGUCGAGAGUGAUGCUCAGCAAGGAGUUACUGCAAUCAACAGGAUGCAUGAGAACCUCUUGGAACAAGGUCAUAUCAUAAAGCACUGCAGGAGCAUUCUGGAGAGAAAAGCUGGAGUUUCGGUUAACUACGUUAGAAAGCAUGCAAACAAGGCGGCACAUGGUAUGGCUAGGAUUCCUUGUAAGCUUAAUAGCUUUGUUAAUUUUUUGUCUCCUCCAUUGAUAUUGUUGGAGACCUUGUUGGAUGAUAAUCGUUAA